AUGAGGCAAUCUGUUCUCAAGAUUGGGCAGUUUUUACCAUAUUUCUUAAUAAUAACAGCAUUUCUGGUAACAAGUAUUUCUAUUAAAAUUUUGGUAUAUAUUACACUAAUAUUAUAUAUAGCAGUUGUUCAUGGUGAUUUCAUUUACAGGUCAUAUUUAACAUUAAAUCGAGAUUUGACAGGAUUAUGGCUUUUAUUAUCUGUACGAUUUGAUUUAAACUAUCAUCUACGACAAAAUAAAGGUUUACAUAAAAUAUUUUUAAAUAUUGUUAAAAAAAAUUUAAAUAAAAUAGCAAUUAUUGAUAUUGGUAGUGAUAAAAAAUGGACAUUUAAAGAAUUAAAUGAAAGAUCAAAUUUAUAUGCUAAUUUUUUCCUUUCUAAAGGUUAUUGUAAAGGUGAUGUUGUUGCAAUUUUUAUUGAGAAUAGUGGUGAAUUUGUUGCUGCAUGGAUUGGAUUAGCAAAAAUUGGUGUCAUAUCAGCAUGGAUAAAUACAAAUUUAAAACUAGAACCAUUGGCUCAUUGUAUUAAUUCAUCAAAUUGUAAAAGUAUUAUUACAACAAAAAAAUUACUACCUGUUUUGGAAGAAACGAUGAAACAUGAACUAUUAAAUGAUACUAUAUCAACAAACAUUUAUGUUAAUGGCAGUGUUGAAAGUAAAAUUUUACCUGUAAUGGAUAUUUCAUCAGUUUUUAAUGAUUUUAAUGUUAGUGAACCUGAAACAGAACAAGAAAUUGAUUUUAAAAGUGUGUUAUGUUUUAUUUAUACAAGUGGGACAACUGGAAUGCCAAAAGCUGCUGUAAUGAAACAUUAUCGUUACUAUUCAAUGGUAAUGGGUUCAAAAAAAUCAUUUGGAAUUAAAGAUUCUGAUAGAAUAUAUAUAUCAAUGCCUAUGUAUCAUACAGCUGCUGGUAUUAUUGGAAUUGGACAAGUUAUAUGUAUGGGUAAUAGUUGUGCAAUUAGAGAACGUUUUUCAGCAUCCAAUUUUUGGAAGGAUUGUGUUAACUAUAAUUGUACAGCAUCACAAUAUAUUGGUGAAAUAUGUCGUUAUUUAUUAGCUCAACCAAAAUCAGAUUACGAAGAUAAACAUAAAAUGCAUUUAAUGUAUGGUAAUGGAUUACGUUCUGAAGUAUGGGAACAAUUUGUUAAUCGUUUUCAUGUUCGUAUUGGAGAAUUAUAUGGAUCAACUGAAGGUACAACAAAUCUAGUUAAUAUUGAUGGACAUGUUGGUGCAUGUGGAUUUCUUCCUAUAUCACCUUUAACAUCACGUAUGCAUCCUGUAAGAUUAAUAAAAGUUGAUGAAACUACAUUAGAUGUAAUAAGAGGUAAAGAUGGUUUAUGUAUUCCAUGUAAACCAGGUGAGACAGGAGCAAUGGUUUCAACUAUAAAACAAUCAAAUCCAUUACUUAUAUUUGAAGGAUAUCUUAAUAAAUCAGAGACAAAUAAAAAAGUUUUAACGGAUGUUUUUAAAAAAGGAGAUAGCGUUUUUUUAUCAGGUGAUAUAUUACAUUGGGAUAGAUUAGGAUAUGUUUAUUUUAAAGAUCGUACUGGAGAUACAUUUAGAUGGAAAAGUGAAAAUGUAAGUACAACAGAGGUAGAAGCUGUUCUUCAUCCACAAGAAGAUGUAGCUGAUGCAACUGUUUAUGGGGUUCAUGUACCUGGUACAGAAGGUAAAGCUGGUAUGGCUGCAGUUGUUAAAAAAUGUACAUCAAAAUUAAAUGAUGAAGAAUUUGUACAACAAUUAUCAGAUAGAUUAUCACGUAGUUUAGCAUCAUAUGCAAUUCCUCAAUUUAUUCGUAUCUGUAAAGCAUUAGAUAUAACAGCAACAUACAAAUUGAUGAAGACAAAUUUACAAAAAAUGGGUUAUUCUUUAACAGCAGAGCCUGAAGAUAAAAUAUUUAUAUAUAAUAGUAAAGAAAAAAAGUAUAUAACUUUGACUGAAGAAAUAUAUGAACAAAUACAAAAUAAAAAAAUACAAUUAUAA